UCGGGCGGCCGGUCGGAGCGGGCGGCGAUGGCGUCGGUGCGGCGGCUGCUCUGCGCUCUCCUGCUGCUCGCGCUGCCCGCCAGCCUCGCCGCGAUGCCGGGCGGCGCCGUGGAGGCGGACGUGCGGAGCGGCGCGGCCCUCGCGGCGGCGCGCUUCGCGCUGUCCCGCGCCUUCGCAGCCGGCGGCGGCGGCGGCGGCCUCUGGGCGUUGCGCACGGCCGAGACGCAGGUGGUGAACGGCAUCAAAUACCACCUGGCCAUCGUCCUGCUGAGGAGGCGGUGCAGCGGAGACCAGGCCGUGGGCCAGGAGGCUUCCCGCUGUGCCGGUCCAGGCAAGCCGGAGCAAGUGUCCUGUCACUUUGAGGUCUGGAGCCAGCCCUGGGCCGGCAGGAAGGAGCUGCUGAAGCACGAGUGCGCCCCUUCUGAGCCAUCCGAAGAAGCCCAGCCAGCACCACUGGGCCAGUGGGAGGUAUUCCAUCCCAGGGCACCUGCUCUGGAAGUUGAGGAGCCCUUCCAGGGGGAGAGGUUUCUGCAGAAUGCCUCUGUCCACCUGGUCUCACUUUUCAAGGAUUUUCUGAACACCUACAAGAAGAGCUACAAGGAUGAAACAGAAACUACGAGGCGCUUUGGAAUAUUUGCUGAGAAUCUGGAAAAAGCCCGGAUCAUUCAGGAGCUGGAUCAGGGCACAGCAGAAUAUGGAGUCACGAAGUUCAGUGAUCUGACAGAGGAGGAAUUCCGCACGACGUAUUUGAACCCACUGCUGGCCAAGCUGCCUGGCCGGCCAAUGAAGCCGGCGGCCCUCCCCAGGGACCCGGCCCCUGCGGAGUGGGACUGGCGGGACCACGGGGCCGUCACGGGCGUCAAGGACCAGGGCGCGUGCGGCUCCUGCUGGGCCUUCUCGGUCACGGGCAACGUGGAAGGACAGUGGUUCCUGCGCAAGGGCUCCUUGCUCUCGCUCUCGGAGCAAGAGCUGCUGGACUGCGAUGCCCUCGACAAGGCCUGCCAGGGGGGGCUGCCGUCCAACGCGUACGAGGCCAUCGAGCGACUCGGUGGGCUGGAGACCGAGCGGGAUUACAGCUACGAGGGCUUUGAGCAGAAGUGCGAGUUCUCCAAGGAGAAAGUGGCUGUUUACAUCAACAACUCCGUGGAAAUCUCUCGGGACGAGAACGAGAUCGCUGCCUGGCUGGCCAAGAACGGGCCCAUCUCCAUCGCCCUGAACGCCUUCGCCAUGCAGUUCUACAGGAGAGGCAUCUCCCACCCCUUCUUCCUGCUCUGCAAUCCCUGGAUGAUUGACCACGCCGUGCUGCUCGUGGGCUACGGCACACGCGGGCACACCCCAUUCUGGGCUAUCAAGAACAGCUGGGGCGAGGACUGGGGAGAGAAGGGCUACUAUUACCUGUACCGCGGGAGCCACGCCUGCGGCAUGAACACAAUGUGCAGCUCCGCCAUGGUGGAUUAGGCCCCUGGGCCCCUCGGUCUCCCUCCCGCACGAAGACCGGGAUCGGGGCAUCUUCCUUCGACGUGAUCUUGGCCCACUUGACCAGAUGCUGCGCGUCCAGAGCCCAGCUAGGCCCUGCGCCCACUGCGGAAGUCCUCCGGCUGCCGCUCAUGGCACGGCUCGGGGGCAGUUUGCCGUGGGGUAGGUCCUCCUUCCGGAGUCCAGGGGGGCCUCUCUCCCUUCCGGCUGGAGCAGCUUCUCUUCUGGCUUCGCCUCUCGCUGUGCGCUCCGCUUCUCCACGCGUGACGGGGAGCUGCCGAGCCUUGUGCGGCUCUGCUCUGGAAAAGGUCACUGCUGAGCCGAGCGUUACGAAGCAGGCGGAGAAGGACGAGGAAGAGGCCCAGUUCAGGGCCUGGCCAGGGCGGAGGGAGCCCCAGAACGCGGGCCUUGGUGCCACUUCCCAGCCACCGAGCUCUCGCGAGUCAAGCGCAGGACGAACUGAUGCUCAGAUGCGAUCGAAGCAGCCCCUGCAUUCACGCUACUUAGAACAUUCGUUUGUACUUAGGACAGAUGCGCACUUCUGUGCACCAGCUGGAUAGGUCCCUGGUCCCUGUCCUGCAGGUGUGAGUGAAAUGCGACUCUGAGGAAGCCCAUGGCUCCCCCCCCCCCCGCACUUGGCCUCCGCUGCCCUCAGAGGCUGCACCGCUGGUGGGGGAAGCCUUGGCUCCGUCAGGCGAAGCUGCCCUCCUUUUGGAAGCCUUGGCCAAAGGGCCACAGGCACGUGAGGUGCAGAGGCCCCGAGGCGGGACUCUUCCCGGCUGCCUCUCUGCUCAGGGCAGCCACGAUUCCAGGGUUGCAUGGUACGCGCACGGCACGUCCAUGCUCUUUCUCCACCCCGAAGUCAUUCACUGCAUUUCUUUCGCGCCCAGUAGCCAAAAUGCUCUGGACGAGACACAAACAUUAAAAUCCUAAAAUAGGACACAAGCCUUUCACAAAGCACACUUGGGUGGGAUGCUUGAAAGCGGCCCGUCUCCGCUGCGGUCUCCCAUUCGGCUGCUCCCAAGCGCAACGCCCAUCGCGCCCCGUGGCGCAUUUCCCCUCUGGCGUGCCACCUUUGGUUUUGGCGGAACUGUGGCUCACAUAGACGAGGCUUUCUGAGCCUGAGGGCAUAACUAGCCCUGGAAAAACAUCACAGAAGCCAGAGGUAGACGGGUUUUUGCUGCUUGUUCUCUGCCCGGGUUCCCAGAGCGGGGCACUCUCCUCCUCAAGAACAACUCUGGUGCCCAUCAGGCUUCGAAGCACCGCUCCUGCCGGAGUGAUCCGAACGGGCUAAAAGCUGGAGCAAGAGGGUUUAGUUCUGUGGAUUCCCAGAAGACCGACGGCUCGAUUUGCUGUGCUUCCGCACCAGCAUCAUUUAGUGUUUCUGUAUUUUCCACACUAAUAAAGAUCCCUCUUGUGACCUCAA